AUGGCUGAAUCUUCGGUAUUUUUUGAGAUUUCAAAUAGAAUUAUUGGGAAGGGGCAUCCUUGUUUUAUUAUUGCUGAAAUUGGGCAGAAUCAUCAGGGAGAUCUCGAAACUGCAAAGAAGAUGAUCCUUCAGGCAAAGGAAUGUGGCGUGGACUGUGUCAAGUUCCAACGAUCUCAUCUUCCGGCAAAAUUCACCAAGGCUGCCCUGGGGAGGCCCUACAGCUCCCUAAAUUCAUUUGGAGCCACUUACGGGGAGCACAAAAUGUUCUUGGAGUUCUCACAAAGUGACUUCCGGGAGUUGAAGAGAUUCUCCGAGGAGGAAGUUGGGAUAAUUUUUGGGGUUUCAGCAAUGGAUGAAGUUGCCCUGGAGGAAUUGCUGGACAUGGGUGUGGCUUUUGUGAAGAUUGGUUCAGGGGAUGCGAACAAUUUCCCACUAAUCCGGAAAGCUCGUGAUGCCAGAAGGCCACUAAUCAUCUCGACAGGGAUGCAAAAUGAUGGAGUUAUUGAGAGAAUUUACUCCACAAUGCAGGGAAGAGCUUUUGGGCUUCUGCAUUGUGUCUCCUCCUACCCAACGGAAGUGCAGGACGUUAAUCUUCAGCACAUCAAGGGAUUCCAGGAGAAAUUCCCAAAGGCUGUAAUUGGCUACUCUGGGCAUGAACUGAAUGGAUUGGUAUCUGUGGUAGCUGUCGCGAUGGGAGCUUCAAUUCUCGAGAGACACUUUACCCUGGAUAAGAAUCUCCAAGGAUCUGACCACAAGUGUUCCCUGGAACCUCCGGAAAUGACCAGACUUGUCAAGAAUGUGAGAAAAGUGGAGGAAUACCUCAACAAGCAAAAUCAGGGAGCUACGCUAAAUACUUUCGAGGAAUUAGCAAGUCUUUUGGAUCAUCUGGAAGUACUUCCGGAAGAGGAUCGAGAGCCGCUAAAAUCAGCCCUAAUCGGGGAAAAUGAGAGGAAGCUCCUUAAAUGUGAGGAAGAAUGCUACAGGAAGUUGGGAAAAUCCCUCGUUUAUGCGCGGAAUAUAACUUCCGGUGAGGAACUAACAGAAAACGAUCUGACCAUAAAAGUUUCUCAUCCAAAAGGAAUUCCUCCGGAAGAUUUUGAACAGAUUUUAGGGAGGAAACUCACAAAACCCGUAGAAGCUGACACGCCCAUUCAGGAAAGUGACUUCCUAUAACCACCUCCCUUAAAAAAUUACCUUUAUCCAUGAGAUUCCGGAAGAGCUGAGAGGAUCCCUUAUUGAGGGAUGGUGUAACAUCCUUCACAAAUCCCGUCUCAGUCAAUCCCAGAGAUUUCCUCUUCAACCUCGGACGGGGUUCCUGCUCAACGACGGAAUCCAGGAAAUCCUGAGGUGUCAUAUACAGCUGUCCAUCAAUUUCAACAGAUGCAAAAUUAAUGAAUCUCCUCUCGCGGGAUGUGAGCUUCACGGAAUUUUCUUGCUAAAUUAAUUUAAGAAAAAAAUUA